AUGGCUCACCGCUGCUUGCGGCUGUGGGGCCGGGUCGGCUGCUGGCCCCACCGCCUAAAGCAGCUCUUCGUGCAUGGCGGCGUGGGCCCUGGCGAGAAGCCCUACCUUCGGACACUUUAUGGAUUUAUUACAACUCAAGCAAAGGCCAGCAGAAAUUCUCUUUUGACAGAUGUAAUUGCUGCUUAUCAAAGAUUCUGUUCUCGACCCCCAAAAGGAUUUGAAAAAUACUUUCCUAAUGGAAAAAAUGGGGAAAAAAAUGCUAAUGAACCUAAAGAAGUUACGGGAGAGAAAAAGGAAUCAAAGCCAGCUGCUACUACACACUCUUCUGAAGGAGGAGGUGGUGGCGGUGGAAAACGAGGUGGCAAGAAAGAUUCUCACUGGUGGUCCAGGUUCCAGAAGGGUGACUUUCCAUGGAACGACAAGGAUUUCAGGAUGUUCUUCCUCUGGACUGCUCUAUUCUGGGGUAGAGUCAUGUUUUACUUCCUGCUCAAGAGAUCCGGGAGAGAAGUCACUUGGAAGGACCUUGUCAAUUACUAUGUUUCAAAAGGAGUAGUAGACAGACUGAAAGUUGUCAACGAGCGUUUUGUUCGAGUGACCUUUACACCAGGAAGAACUCCUGUUGAUGGGCAACACGUUUGGUUUAAUACCGGCAGUAUGGAUACCUUUGAAUGGAAUCUGGAAACUUUACAGCAGGAAUUGGGCAUAGAAGGAGAAAAUCAGGUGCCUGUUGUCUACAUUGCUGAAAGUGAUGACUCUUUCCUGCUGAGCAUGCUGCCCACGGUGCUCAUCGUUGCCUUCUUGCUCUGCACCAUCAGAAGAGGGCCUGCUGGCAUUGGCCGGACAGGCCGAGGGAUGGGCCAACUCUUUAGUGUCAGAGAAACCAAGGUCUUAAAGGAUGAAAUUGAUGUGCAGUUCAAAGGUGGCUGUGAGGAGGCCAAGCUAGAGAUCAUGAAAUUUGUGAAUUUCUUGAAAAACCCAAAGCAGUAUCAAGACCUAGGAGCAAAAAUCCCAAAGGGUGCCAUUCUCACUGGCCCUCCAGGCACUGGGAAGACUCUGCUAGCUAAGGCCACAGCUGGAAAAGCCAAUGUCCCUUUCAUCACCGUUAGUGGAUCCGAGUUUUUGGAGAUGUUUGUUGGUGUGGGCCCAGCUAGAGUCCGAGACUUAUUUGCCCUUGCUGGGAAGAAUGCCCCUUGCACCCUCUUCAAUGUGGUGGGAAGGAAGACAGGAAAAGGCAACUUUGGAGGGCGGAAUGAGCAGGAGAACACACUCAACCAGCUGCUGGUGGAGAUGGAUGGUUUUAAUACAACAACAAAUGUUGUCAUUUUGGCCAGCACCAAUCAACCAGAUAUCCUGGACCCUGCGCUGCUUAGGCCAGGGCGUUUCGACAGGCAGAUCUUUAUUGGACUACCAGACAUAAAAGGAAGGGCUUCUAUUUUCAAAUUUCACCUCCGACCACUAAAACUGGACAGUACCCUGGAGAAGGAGAAAUUGGCAAGAAAACUGGCAUCUUUAACUCCAGGGUUUUCAGGUGCUGAUGUUGCUAAUGUCUGUAAUGAAGCUGCGUUGAUUGCUGCGAGACACCUGUCAGAUUCCAUAAAUCAGAAACACUUCGAACAGGCAAUUGAGCAAGUGAUUGGUCGCUUAGAGAAGAAAACGCAGGUUCUGCAGCCUGAGGAGAAGACCGUGGCAUACCAUGAAGCAGGCCAUGCGGUUGCCGGCUGGUAUCUGGAGCACACAGACCCGCUUUUAAAGGUGGUAGAGGAGAUAGUCUGGGACUUGAAGACUACUGGAAAUUUAACACGAAAAUCCCAGAAGCGAGAAAACUACCAAGAGGUAGAUGAACACUUCCAUGUGACCAAACAAUUCGACUCUUAUUUCCCCAAGAUAAGCAAAAACCUAUAUCCACGCAAAGACUGUUACUACUUUAUUUAUAAUAUCCAUAAACUGAAAAUAAUUCUGAUGUCCAUCAAGAAUGAAAUGGAUAUUUGUGCUCCAGACGGGGAAUUGCCAGCGAUAGAAAGCAACUGGCUCCGUUUGGCUUCGCUGUUCCGAGGGUGCCCGGCGCCCUCCAAGGCCCCCGCCCCAGGUGCUGCGGGGCUUCGGGGCUACGGGGCUGCGGGGCUGCGAGGCUGCGGGAAGCCGGGCCUAGGACGCCCUCUCACCUGGAGCUGA